CCCUCGCGUCUCUCUCCUCCCGACACGACCAAACCCUAACCCGCGAUCCGCCUCCGCCGCCGCCACCACCACCACCCACCCGGAUCCCCACCUCCCUCCCCGAUCUCACCACCUCCGUAUAAAGGCGGCUCGGUUUGAAAAAUCUUUGCCUCCGGAGGAGGAGGGGGGGAUGGCUGCCGCGGCGGUGGAUCCGAUGGCGCUGGGGCUGGGGACGAGCGGAGGAGGAGGAGGAGGCGAGUCGGCGGUGGGGGGUGAUGGGGCGGAGCCGGUGGAUCUCGUCGAGCACCCCUCCGGGAUCGUCCCCACCCUCCAGAACAUUGUUUCGACAGUAAAUCUGGACUGCAGGUUGGAUCUGAAAAAAAUCGCUCUACAGGCUCGUAAUGCAGAGUACAACCCAAAGCGUUUUGCUGCAGUUAUCAUGAGGAUAAGGGACCCAAAGACAACAGCCCUGAUAUUUGCUUCGGGAAAGAUGGUUUGCACUGGAGCAAAGAGCGAAGACCAUUCAAAGCUUGCUGCGAGGAAGUAUGCGCGAAUCGUCCAAAAGCUUGGCUUCCCAGCAAAGUUCAAGGAUUUCAAGAUCCAGAACAUUGUUGGUUCAUGUGAUGUCAAAUUUCCUAUUCGCCUGGAGGGCCUUGCUUAUUCUCAUGGCGCAUUCUCUAGUUAUGAGCCAGAGCUCUUCCCUGGGCUGAUUUACCGGAUGAAGCAGCCAAAGAUUGUGCUUCUCAUUUUUGUCUCUGGCAAGAUUGUUCUCACUGGAGCUAAGUACCGCAAAGAGAUUUACGCUGCCUUUGAGAACAUGUUCCCGGUGCUCACUGAAUACAGGAAAACUCAGCAGCGCUGAGGGAAUGAUUUGUCGACAGAAUGGGGAGUUCGCUGCCGCUGUACAUACCAUCUUAAGGACCUGGCUGCCAAGAUUUUGAGACAUGCACCUGGCGUCAUUCCUUUUUCUUUCCUUUGUUCUUCGUAGCAGUAGGGUAGGAGAGCAACUGCGUAAAGGAGAGUAUGUAAACAAGUUGAUCAAAGUAUUCUUUUGAUAAACUAAUGCUGACAUGCAAGAAAUGCAUCCUGACUUGAGAUCA